GGGUGAGUGGCCCAGACUCAUCUGUACAGGCAAACCUCGCAUCUGUCCACACCUCACACGCCACGCCACCCACCCAGUCAGUACCUCCAUCUACUCUACUCGUCCAUCUCCUUCUCUGCAACUGACAGGGGAGGGAAGUAGUCAGUGAUCAGUCGCUGCCCCUCCGUGACAGGCAGCCCCUCCCGAUGCAACUCGACCCUACACGUGCCUGUCUGCACUGCCACGAACCCGUGACGGCUCAGCCGACUCUCUACGGCAUGCCUCCCACCCUGGUGCAGAAAAUCGAGCGGACACACGUCGUCGGUGGAGAGGGUGAUGCGCUCUAGCUUAGGCAGUGUGGUGAUGGCCUUGAUGCAUGUGGCGAACAAACCCUCAAAGGCCGGCCUCUCUCUGUCUAUCCAUUCCUCCUCUUCUGCGUCUUUCUCUGGCUGAGAGGCAUAGCCAGCCGAGAAGUACACAGUGAUGCGACGAAUGCGACGCUCAAUGCCGUCCUUCCUGCCCCCAUCUGCCUCGCCCGCCGAAUCGAUAUCGUCCUCACUGCUCUCGUCUCCCUCUUCCUCCCCAUCCCACAGCGACCAACUCUCACUACCAUCAACGCGUGAGCGAAAUGAGCCCUUGACGUGCAGCGCUGGCCCGUCCCCCGUGCAUUUGCGCAGACACGAGGGCAGGAAAAAGUACGGCCCGCGGUAGGAGAGCCGCCGUGCGAAUCGCACCAUGCGGAGCGAUGGGAGGUCAUCUAUCACCUUGACGACGGCCUCCUCUCCUAGUUGCUGCCCUUUGCCCAAGUCGACGCACCUCACGGAUGGGAAGAGGCGGCCGAGGUGGAAGAGCAGGGGCUGUGGCAGGGGUCUGUCCAUGAGAAAUGAUGAUGAGAGGUUGAGGGUGCGGGCCGAGCUGAAGACCAGCUUGGGCAGGAGGGAGUAGAAGGCCUGCGGGAUGGCCAAGAUGACGAAGGACGGCUCCAGUCUGGUGGGGAAGGUCACGGAUGUGGCGAGGGAGGCCGCCAAGACGAGAGUGGACGACCCGAAUACGGGGCCCUCCUCGCUGAACAGCCGGCCGAUAUCGCCGAUGGGGAACCAAAGGAGUCUGAAUUCGAAGUCGAAUGUGCUGCUGCUGUAGUCCGCCUCGGCGUCAGGAUGCACACAGUACUUGCGAAGCGUAUGUAGUGCCUGUCACCAACCGCAGGCAGAAGACAGACGCACAUCGAUGAGAGGCGAAACGUAUGUUGGUGGCUUACAUGUAUGGUUGCUGAAUUGAUCUGUUUGACGUUGAUAGCCGCUUCGAUGGUCUCGAGGGACCUCACCGGCACCUCCUCUUCUUGUUCAUCAUCGCUGUCGAUCCACUCGUCCAGGUUGAAAUCCUCGUUGGCUGUGAUCUUGAAGCUCGUCACCUGUCGCAGCACACAACACAACGCACUCGCCCAUUCUGUUAGGUGUUCGACGGCCGACACGAACAAAGUCACCUUCGUGACGUCAGUGCCCUUGACGACAUUCAUCGCGUCACUCGCGUGCCAUGCGAAUGGGGGCGACAGGAUGACGGUGUGGACGGUGUCGCGCACAUCGGGGAUGUCGCAGGGCAUGAGGGAGGAGAAAUGCAUGCGCCGCCUGACCCAGCAGCGCCCGUAAACUGUUUCGUCCUCGUCGAACCCAUAGACUUCCUCGAACUCGAAUUCGCGGUCCGUCUCCUCCUGCGUGCUCAGCUUGCGCACCUCGACCACCUCCAGUGACCUGAGGCACACAAGACACAAAAGAGGUAGGGUGUGUGGUGCAUGUGUAUACUUUGCUUCGGUGGGUGUUUCACUGACUUGGGCCACCAGUCCCGCAGGUCCACCACCCACGCCCACCGCCCGCCCGUCACCACUGACUUCAACCGGGGGAACACAACUGCCUCCUCUUCUCUCACCACUUCCACUACGUCUAUCCUGUGUGCCUCGGUCGAGCGGCUGUCAGCCGUCAGACUCUCGAUCGUCUCGCCCGCGCCCUCCACCAGCUUCACCAUCCCCUCCGUCAUAUGGCAGCCGAUCACUGCACUCUUGGUCUUGGCCAGCGAGGGCCGCCAUGCCUCCAGCUGCCUGUCGGUGGGGUCGAUGGCGCGGUCGGCGGUGAAUGUGAUGUUGGUGUGCAUGUUGGGGUCGUGGGAGGGCCGCAGGAAGGAUGAGUGGGCGCGGGCGAGGCCGCCGAUGAUGGCCUCGGUGCCGAUCAGUGGGCCGAUGCGAUCAUACAGGAGCGCCUCGGGCACGGUGAGCAGUGAAGGGGCCAAUGACUGAGUCAAACCAGCAUCGCGCGCAACACACAGGCGUGUCGGUCUGUCUGUCUGUGUGUCUGUCUGUAUGUCAGUGGCAGCGUGCACGUGGCGUCUUCAUCCUCACCUCGAGUCGGAGGUAGUGUGCCAUGUCUAUGAGCUUCUGGUGUGCGAUGUGCAUCAGCAUGCCUUGUUGCGCGGACAGCGGAUAUGCGGACAUGGCCUUCUGCACCAGGAUCUGCAGCCUCUCGUAAUCCAGACACACCAUCUGCAGAGACCAAACACGCUGCUGCAUGUGUGCUGCGCUGUCCUGUUGGUCCCACCUUAGCUAUGUUCGGGCACAUCUCGUCGCCCCGCGCCACCUUGGCGUCCAUCUCUCCCUUGAGCUUCAACACCUCACACACCUGCAGGCAGGUGAUAACCACCAAACAGCAAGAUCCAUAUCCCCACUCUGUGCUUCUUCACUCCCUUCUUCUCACUCACCAUGUCCUGCAGCUGCUUCAGGCGGUGCGCGACACCGAGGUACUGCAGAUGGGCCAGCCGGAGAGCCGACGUCAUUUCGUGACCCGCUGCCGCAGCGUCCGCCGUGGUCUGUCCGAAUUUGGCCUUCUUGGACGAGGAUGACUUCUCUCCCUCCUCCGGCAGCUCCUCCUCCUCUGCCCGUGGCUGCUGCUGCGGUCCCUCAUCACCUUCUGCUCGCUUGCGCUUUCCAGCCUCCAUCAGUCGUUUAUGGAUUGGAGGCCAUGAUGUGCCGUCCCUUC